GACAUAUCUACGGGGAUUUCAAAGUAAGUUGACGUCAAAUAAACUAACAGUAUUUGUCUUCAUUGCUUCCUUCGGUAACGCUCCCGAAUUGACUAUUUUUUCAGACUGAACAUACAGAAGACACUCAGAAUACCGAAUAGACCAGACCAAGGAGGUACACUCGGCAAGAAAGUCAAAGUCACUUCAAACUGUUGGGAUUUGACAUUUCAUCACAAAACGGCAUAUCUCUAUUUUGUGGAAGCCAACUCAGUUCAUCGAUUGGAAGCUAAGGAGGGCAGUAAAACUGAGAUAAGAAUGCCACCUAAAGAGUUGAGAUCUUUAAUUCAGCAGGUAGCUGACUCGUAAGUGCCAUUGUGUUAUUGAUCAAAUGGAUUGUUUACAUAUGUAACGGAACUUUCUGUUCCUUAAUUAUUAAGCUGAAUUGUUUCUCUGACUUUCGGUCAAGUAUUGCUUGCUUGUCAACCAAAGAUUCGUACACGUGUAGGAUAACUUGUUCCAUGUCCCACACCAUUUAUUAUGUGACUUCGGUUACUAUCAGCGUUGUUUAGAAAGAAUUGGUGAAGUUGUUGGUUAUGGCUUCUAUUGAGAGCAAUGGUAUCUAUUAAUAAACCUCAUGCUAAACAAUUAUGCUUAUUUCACUCGCUUCUGCAGUUUACCAGAUACGAUCAUAUACGAUGGCGGUCACGCCAUAUACUCUGAAGAUCCGUUACCUGGUGUCACAACGGACCCCGUAGAAAGACAGAUUGAGAUCAAGGAGCCGUUUGGUCGGGACCGCCUUCUUCUGAAGUACCGGAUUAUGGAAGUGCAGAAGGUAUCUAGUUCCGACAUCAGCCAUUUCAUAACGAAUCCGAAAGCGACCUCUAUGAACAUGCCUCAGGAAUGUAUCAGAUUGUUAGACUGCAUCUUGAAGACGGUGUCAAAGCAGUCGUUUGUAUCCCUUGGACGCUCAGCCCUAUUUCAGCAAACACCAAUUAAAGUGGUUAUGGAUAAGCUUUUUACUAUUCAUAAGGGUUUCAUCAGUAGUGUGCGACCCCAGUGGAAAGUUCGUGUCAACUUGGAUAUGACGUGCAAGGCCUACUUUGUAUCCGGGAAUCUAGCGGACGUCAUGUAUUCGAAGUAUGGAGACGAUAUGGUUAGAUGUAGCACUCAAAUGGCAUACGACUUGAGAAAGAUACGAGUUGAGACUGAUAAAUUCUACAAGAGCGAUGAUGGACGUGCAUAUUCCCGACGCUUCACCGUGCACGGGAUAUCAUCACUACCAGCCGAUCGUUUGAUGAUUGAGGAGUUGAACCAGUCCGUGGCUGAAUAUUUCAAGCAGCACCAUCAUAUCACUCUGAAGUAUCCAGAACUGCCCUGUGUGAAGGUUGAUCAAAAGCGUGAAGUGUAUAUGCCGAUGGAACUGUUAAACAUUUUGCCAUAUCAAGCUCCUAAUGCGAGUAAAGCCGAUAUUGCGAGUGAAGUUAUCCGUUGUGCAGCAAUUCGACCACAGGAGCGCUUCAGAGAGCUGGAGAAUUUUGCUAAUAAUAUGCUGAAGUCCCAUCCACUGAUCAAACAAUUUGGUUUGGCGAUUCAACCGAGGCCAGUGGAAGUUAACGCACGCGUUAUCCAACCGCCAACUGCUGGUUUUGGUCGUUCCGGUGUACAACAGCUGACGGCAGGUAGUUGGAGCACGCCUGGCUUUCUUCACCCUGCCGGCGAAGGAGUAGAAAUAAUGUGGGCUGUACUUAGCAUUCCACCUAAUCAGCGGUCUCAUGGUCAUGUUCAGAAGGUGAUAUCGGAAUUGCCUAGAGCGGCCAGUCGCUUUGGUGUUCGGUUUAGCCCUCGACCGAUUGUGGCACAGUGUCCGAGAGGAGAACUUAACAGGAGGUUCGAGGAGUUUUCCAGACAAGGCUGUGGCUUCUUACUUCUCAUCUUGUACGAUGAACAUUUCUACUCAUCGAUUAAACGUCUGAGUGACCUACAAAUGGGGAUUCGGACUCAAUGUGUACGAGCUCGUACUCUGGACAAACCGAACGUUUUCCGUAAGUAAUGCGUGUUGUUCACAUGUAGCCUUCAGUGUGUUUCUGUAUUUCGAUGAGUUUAAUUCGGUUUUCUGCUUUCAGCGAACCUGUUACUCAAACUGAAUGGGAAACUCGGCGGUGUGAACUGGCGAAUUCCUGACCUAAUUAAGGACAGUCAAGAGUUGGUUAUGGUUUUCGGAGCCGAUGUCACUCAUCCUGCGCCUACACAAACUCAUCAGAUUCGAAAGUCAGUAGCUGCUGUUAUCGGCAGUGUUUCACCCGAUCUUAUGAGAUACGGGGUAGUUAUCCGUCAGCAGGCAACCACAGAAAAGGGGAAUAAGGCAGCGAGAGAAAUAAUCGAUGAUAUGCGUCUCAGUGUCAAGGAGCUACUCCAGGUUAGUUUUCAUCAAUGACCAACUCUACUGACUCACGUUCCCCUUUUUCCCGUUGUACGCUUUCGUUCUUCCCUAUUAUUUGUGUUUUGUUGCAGCUUUACCUGCGUAACACGAACGGGCGUUUCCCGACGCGCAUGAUAUUCUAUCGCGAUGGAGUUUCGGAGGGCCAGUUCGAAAAUGUGCUGGUGGAGGAGCUGUGUGCAAUUCAACGGGCUUGUGCAGAUGUUCGUCCUGGCGAAGAGCCUGCUAUCACUUAUAUUGUUGUGCAAAAGCGUCACCAUAUUCGAUUUAGACCAUCUGACCCCAGGGCAAGAAACGUGGAGCCGGGACGGUGGUUGAUACAGAUAUCACGCAUCCCAGGGAAUUUGAUUUCUACCUCUGCUCUCAGGAAGGGAUUCAGGGUACAUCGAAACCUGCUCACUAUCACGUGUUGUAUGAUGAUAGUAACUGGACAUCGAAUGCUCUUCAGAUGUUCACCUAUCACUUAUGCUACGCGUACAUGAGGUGUUCCCGUAGCGUCUCGUAUCCAGCGCCGACUUAUUAUUCUCAUUUGGCUGCAUUUCGGGCACGUGAGUGGUUAUCGGACAUAGAGAAACCAGAGAUUCUGUUAGAUGCUGGUCGUUUCAGAGUUCACAGCAGUCAAGUUGACGGCAUGUUCUACUUAUAAACAGAUUUUGUUAUUUUCAUAUAAAUUGUAUUUCCUUUUGAAUCCAUCUUCCCUUUUAAUAAUAAUAAUAAUA